UGCAACCACGGAGUUAGGAUGGGUAUGGGAUGGAUGAAGCCGCCAGAGAAGGAAGAAAUGGGAGAGUGGGAGCAAGUGGUAUCCCGGGGUGAGGGAAAAAGGCGAUGAUGAUGUCAGUUAACAUUUACACGGUUUUACUGUACUAAAAUCCGUUAGAUGUGAUAACUCAUUUUAUCUCUAGCCCUAUGAGAUCGGUACUCUUAUUAGUCUCAUUUUAUAAAUGGGGAAGCAGGCUCAGAGAGGUUAAGGAACAUGCCCCAAGAAAGAGAAAUGUAAAGUGCAGAGCCUGGCUUUGAAUUCUCGUAGGCUGGUCUCUAAGCUACACACUGUGGUUGUCUCCCAUCAAGAGGUGAAAACGCGGGGCGGGGCUGGCCGGUUAGCUCACUUGGGAGAGCCUGGUGCUGGUAACUCUGAGGUCAAGGGUUCGUGUACUUGUACAGGCCAGGCCUCCGCCGCACCCCCCAAAAAAGAUGUGAAGAAAGUGAGGACAUAGGACAAUGAGUGAGAGGCUGGUAUGACUUGAGCAAAUGUGAUAAAACAGCUGGAGCAAGGAAUUGACCUGAUAAAGGAUGUGAAAUCCAAGUGUGUAAGGCAGGGACAAAUGUAAGCAAGGGGAAGUUUGGAACCGUCGUCUUCUAAUCUUCAUAUCUAACCUUGGCUGGGGUCUUCCUGUCUAUAGAAUUGGUGUGGCAGAGAAGAGAGGCAUACACCCACACACCCAAGUUUGAAAAUGAAAUUAUAGAAAGAUCACAGAUUCAGAAUUUAAAGCUUAUUUUGUGUAACCACCUUAUUUAACAGAUGAAGCCCAAGAAGUGACUUAUUCAAGGUGGUCAGGACUAGAAACAUGUUUUCUGUAUGAAGUCUAAUGCAAUAAAAUUUAAAGCUUUCUUUCCUCUUUUUCUCGCUGUACUUGCUGUAGUGAAUAUUAAAGUUUAAAGAAUUUGAUACAUCAUUUGACCUGGGCUGGCUCCUUCCAGCCAUGCGAAUUGGGUAUUUAUGACAUCAAAUAGUCAAAUACAGUCAUGUAUUGCUUAACAACAAGGACAGGGCUGGCCAGUUGGCCCAGUUGGUUAGGGUGUGGUGCUGAUGACACCAAGGUCCAGGGUUGGAUCCCUGUACCAUCCGUCUGCCAAAAACAAAACAAAAAAACCAACAGGGAUACCCUCAGAGAAAUGAGUUGUUAGGCAGUUUCAUUCUUGUGAACAUUGUAGGGUGCACUUUACUUACCCAGAUCUAGGUGAUGUAACCUAUUGUUCCUACAAGAGUAAUGCGUGGCACUAUGACAUUAAGAUUGCUACAACAUCGCUAGGGCAUGGGAAUUUUUGAACUUCAUUAUAGUAUUAUGGAACCACUGUUGUAUAUGUGGUCCAACAUUGACUGAAACAUGUGGCUCAUGACUGUAAGCCAUCCAUCUACCAUUAAUGUGUGUCCCAAAUUUAAUGUAAUGCUGGAACCAGAAGCUUCUAACACAAGUGAAUGACAAUUGAAGUCUUCUAGUGUUUUUAAGAAUUUCAAUUCAAAAAUGAAUUGAAACAAGAUAAAGCUGACUAAGCCAAAGGACAAGGUAGUUUACCUUGAAGAAACCCAAAAUGGAAGUCUACAUAUGUUGAAAAGAUGCAUGGUCAUGGGGGCUAUGACUCUGAUUUUAGUGAUGAUGAACACUGUGGAGAAUCUAGCAAAAGGAAAAAAAGGACAGUUGAAGAUGAUUUACUGCUCAAAAAGCCAUUUCAGAAAGAAAAACAUGGAAAGGUGGCCCAUAAACAAGUUGCAGCAGAAUUGCUGGAUAGGGAAGAAGCAAGAAAUAGAAGGUUUCAUCUCAUAGCUAUGGAUGCUUACCAAAGGCAUACAAAGUUUGUAAAUGAUUAUAUUUUAUAUUAUGGUGGCAAAAAAGAAGACUUCAGACGUUUGGGGGAAAAUGACAAAACAGACUUCGAUGUUAUUCGAGAAAAUCACAGAUUUCUGUGGAAUGAGGAGGAUGAAAUGGACAUGACUUGGGAGAAGAGACUUGCAAAGAAAUACUAUGAUAAAUUAUUCAAGGAAUACUGCAUAGCAGAUCUUAGUAGAUACAAAGAAAACAAGUUUGGAUUUAGGUGGCGAGUAGAAAAAGAAGUAAUUUCAGGAAAAGGUCAAUUUUUCUGUGGAAAUAAAUGUUGUGAUGAAAAAGAAGGCUUAAAGAGUUGGGAAGUUAAUUUUGGUUAUAUUGAGCAUGGUGAAAAGAGAAAUGCCCUUGUUAAGUUAAGGUUAUGCCAAGAAUGUUCCUUUAAAUUAAAUUUUCAUCACAGGAGAAAAGAAAUCAAGACAAAAAAAAGAAAGGAUAAACCCAAAAAAGAUUGUGAAGAGUCAUCACAUAAAAAAUCCAGAUUAUUUUCUGCAGAAGACUCCAAGAAAAAGGAUAAAGGACAGUCAUCGUCAAAGAAAUUGGAAGAUUCUGUAAAUAGAAACUCUGAUGAGGAAGAAAGUGCUUCAGAAUCUGAACUUUGGAAGGGUCCACUACCAGAGACAGAUGAAAAAUCACAGGAAGAAGAAUUUGAUGAAUAUUUUCAGGAUUUGUUUCUGUGAGACAGGAAAAAGAAGACUACAUAGAGCUUGUCUCAGAUACAAUCAUGUAAAUAUGGAUAUACACUUAUAUGCAGGGAUAUACUAAAAUAUAACUUCUUAACUUUGAGUCAUACUCUCAAGGGUUCAUGGAUGUGCUUCAGGAGAUCCAAGCCCUCCUUGACUCUAUGCGUAAACUUCUGUGUCCAUGUAUGUCUUUUGGGGAAUGGAUCCAUAAGUUUCAAAUUUUCACAAAUCAAAUUUUCAAAAGGAUUUAUUGAUUUUUUUAAAAAAGGUAAAGACCCACUUUUAUAAAGAGCAAAUAGAUGGAUAGAUAAAGGAGAAGAUGCCUGACUUGGUAAAUAAGAAAGAGGACACAAGUAGAAAAUGAUCUUAGCACACCAAAUUAUUUUAUUGAGGAUAAACUGUUUUAAAUGACAUUUAAACAUGGAAUGAUUGGCAUUAAACUACAAGAUAAGUAA